CAUAAAUAUUAUAAACAUUGCAAAAAAGCCGUUAAUACUCUGUUUAUUUUUCGUUAUUUCUACAAUCCAUAAAUGGAGAAAAUCUUAGAUAAACAAAAGAAAUAGGUAAUUAGGUCCAAAUGGUUGUCUGAUGAAUUUGACAGGGGAUGAUAAGUGAAACUUAUUGCAUUAGAACCGGUCAAGUAUGAGAGUGUACAAAAGCGAUGGAAGUUUCGUUGAAGAUAUUAAUGAUACUGAAUUUGGAUGGUAUUUUACUGAAAUCAUAGUUGACGAAAGUGAAGACAAGUUUGAAGAGAUUAAUAAAGAAACCAGAUAUAUAUCAAAACUGAAAAAAUCUCUUCCUAAACAAUACGAAUCUCUAGAUUUUCCCAUUAUCGAGGAACACAAAACUAUAUUAAUAGAAAAAAUUAAUCCUAAAAUUAAAAUUGAACAUAUUUAUGAAAUUGAAUCUUGCAGCAAUGAUGAACCUCAAACGAAUGAAGAAGUCGUUAAUUCUGUUGAUAUUAAUUUCCCUCCGAACGAAAAAUUGGCUGAAAUGGUCACCCCAUGUAACACGGAAACCAAGAUAUUACUAUCUAUAAUAAAUUACUCGAAAUAUAAAACGUUAGUCAAAGAAAAUACCACUGGAGAUUUGAUGAAAACUGUUAAUAUAAAGACGACAAACUUGAAAAAUCUAAUUAACGAUAAACGCACUAGCAUAACACAAGAUAUGUUUAGCGAAAUAAUCAAUUAUCAUGCUACAAAGGAAGAUAACAUGAUGUCUUUGAUGAUGGAGUUAAUUUUAACUGAUGUGGAUUGUGAUAUUCAAGAUAUUGUGGAUUCUAAUGUGGAAACAGAAAAGAAGGUUAUAUUACCUCAGUUUAUAUUGCAAUCUUGUGAUAUUGAUAAUAGUUUGUCCAGUAACAGCACAAAUAAAGAUGAAUCGCGGAUUGAAAACAAUAAUUAUUUACAAGUUUCAAAUAGAUCAAACAUUUUAAACAGCAUCGGUCUGAGCAAUGAAGAUAAAAGCAUUCAAAGUAUUUGCGAGGAAACUUUCGAAAUGCACCAAGUAUUGGCGGAUAUUAGAAAAAGCUUUCAGAUGCAGAUUCAUCUUUGCUAAAUGUACUGCCACGAGGCAAUAAUGAAAUAGAGAAACACUGGAGGUCCAAUCAGAAUCGUGCUUCUAGAAGUCAAAAAUA